AUGGAGUGCUACUACAUUGUCAUCAGCUCCGCGCACCUCAGCAACGGGCACUUUCGCAACAUCAAGGGAGUUUUCCGCGGCCCCCUCAGCAAGAACGGGAACAAAACUCUGGAUUAUGCUGAAAAGAAAAACACAAUAGCAAAAGCUCUGGAAGAUCUUAAAGCCAACUUCUACUGUGAACUCUGUGACAAGCAGUACUAUAAACACCAGGAGUUUGACAAUCACAUUAACUCUUACGACCACGCUCACAAACAGAGACUGAAGGAACUGAAACAGAGGGAGUUUGCUCGAAACAUAGCAUCUAAGUCACGAAGAGAUGAAAGGAAACAGGAAAAAGCCCUCCAACGUUUGCACAAGCUGGCUGAGCUAAGGAAAGAGACAACGUGUGCUCCUGGAAGUGGCCCUAUGUUCAAAUCCACCACAGUGACAGUGGGAGAUCUUUGCAGUGAUAACCCACAAGGUGCUGCCCUGGAUUAUGCCAACAAACAGGAUUUCAGCUGUGCAUUAAUGCACGAUGCACAGAACUGUAAAGAUGCCACUUCUGUUCUUUCUUCCACUCCUGGAGAGGCAUGUAGCAAUAAACCCAACACUAACAUAUUUGGAGAUCAAGUUCAAGGAGCUCAAGGCCAUAGAGUUGGGUUCUCUUUUGCUUUUCCUAAGAAAGCAGCAGUCAAACUGGAGUCUUCAGCUGCUGUUUUCUAUGAAUAUGAUGAGUCAUCUAUAGAGCACGGAUGUAGCAGAAGAAGUAGGUUUGUUCCAGGAGCUUGUAACCUUCAGUCUUCAUCAUCAGCAGAAGUAGUCCUGUGCCCUGAGGAGAAACAUAACUCUUUUCACUCACUGGUGGAAAAAUGCACUGACUCAUCAGAAGCUUCUGAGGCUCAGGAGUCAAAAGAGCUGGUCAGUGAAGAAAGUAUGGUGCUAGAGAGUCCCAUACUAACUCCUGCCAUGUCCCUUUCAAAGCAACCAGUGUCCUCGGAUGUGGAUAGCUAUGAUAUGGAUGUCAGUGCAGCAGACUCCCUGGACCAAAUGGUGCCCACAGUUGCACACAGUGCUCAUGUCCUGCCCUUGGACUGCAGUGGUUGUGAGGGGCAGGCAAACAAGGCUCUUGCACAGGUGAUUGUGGAGGAUUGUUUAUCUCUGCAGGAUGUUGCUGAGGAAAAUGAUAAAGACAGGAACAGUGAUUCAUCCACAACUGAAACUGAAAUAAAACAUCUGGGGCCAGAUGCUUUACUUCCAUCACCAUCUGAAGAAGGUAGUAGUGGAGCCCCACAAAGCAAACCAGACAUGCACAAGAGACCUUGUGAGCCCUUUGUUCCUGUUCUUAGCAAACAUGGAUCAAAUGUUCUUCAGUGGCCAUCAGAAAUGUUAAUUUACACAAGUACAGAACCAUCAAUUUCUUAUAGCUGUAAUCCUUUGUAUUUUGAUUUCAAGUCAUCAAAGACAAGUGACAGCCAAGAAAAACCCAAGCAAACCCAGCCCAAGCCAGACAUACCUCAUUUGCACCAUAAAAUUGAGUCCAACUGUAGCUUAGUCUCAGAUUUUACAAAUAAAUCUACUUUAGAGUGUGCUGAUUAUGAAAUAGAAAUGAAUAAAAAUAUGUGCAACCAUACAAUACCCCUUAUAAGUGACAUUUCCCUCAUGAGAAAUUGUGAUCUUGCAAAAACUCAAAAUAAAGUGUCCUUGGAUGAGUCAUUCAGGAUUAGAAAAAUAGAAAAGCAUCACAUUUCUAAAAAUCACUUACGACAAAACACUGUGAUAGAUGAAAAAUAUAACAAAGUCUGGAUCAAAGAAAGCCAUGGAAAAUGGCUCCACAAAAGCAGAAAACGGAAAAGGAGAAGGAAAUUAAGUCACUGUCAUCAUCAUCAUCAUCAUCAUCACUGUGGGGACACAACAGCAGCAGAGAUGGACAUAUCCCCAGUGAGUGAGAAAGAAAUCAGCUACAGAGAUGGGAAUAAAUAUCAGCACUUCCAAAAUAAUCCAGAGAAGGGAAGACAUGACAUGGAGAAUAUCUGGCUAGCUACAGGUGAGAUACAGCCGUCGUAUCAAAAACUUGGCACUGAAAAUGGUCAUAAGAGAGCCAUGUCUAUGUCGGAUCAUGUACAUGGGUACAGAGGCUGGUGUGGUUAUUGGACUGCAAAGAAUAGUGGCCAACACAAUGGUUGCAAAAAACUGCACAGAAAGAGCAAAGCCAGCUCUCAGAGACAGGCAAAGCAGCUUGUUCUGAGUUCCAGGAGGCACACCUUAAGGUACUCUAAAAGAUGUUAUAGCUGGAAAGUCAGGAGGUCAAGCUGUAGCCCAGAGCAUAAAUGUGUAGGACACUGCAGUGAGGAGAAGAGUCCCAGUCAAAACCAGUCCAUAAAGAGAGGUUACAGUGUUCUGACAGAGGAACCUGAAAAAUACCACCCCAAGAGGAGACAGCAUUCCUAUUACUCUUCGUCAGGUGAAAGCUCAUACGGACAGACAUUAUCAGCAGAGGAAAAUCCAAGGCAAGCACGUACUUUAGGUACACAUCAGAAGGCAAAAGGCAAACACAGGAGAAGGAAAACUAGAGUCCAUCAUCUGUUCCUUGAGAGGAAUGCAAGAAGUGAAACCUCCAGACCUUCCAAAGAAAAUUCUGCAAGUUCUGUUUUAAACAUUUCAGGGGACUUCCUGACUCAAGACAGUCUGGAGGAAACCAAUGUGGAUCUCAAAGUUGAUCAUGAAAAAGACACGAAUGAAACAAUACAGUUGGAGGAAAGCAAUUCAUGUGUAGAAACUGAUAGUUCACAGAUGCUGGAAAGUGACAAACUGACAGGGUGUACUGCCAUGGAGAGCACUCCAAGUACAUUUUUUGAGGUCAUCACAGAUUCUGCUGCUUCUGUCCCUGAGCACAUUGCUCCGGCAGCUGCCAGCGUGCAGGAUGUUCCACAAGAUGAAAAGAAAAAGGAAAAUGUCAGCAGUCAUGAAAAUCAAGCUCAUUACAAAGUUCCGCUCCCCAACCAACAUUUGGAACAAGUUCUUCCUAAAUCCUAUCUUUGCCAUUACGAAUUGGCUGAGUCUCUACCACAUGAGAAAAUAGAUGAGGUGACCAGCGAAUGGGUACCUUGUAAUCCUGCCAUAUUUAGCAGCCCCCCACCCUUGCCAUUCAAAGAAGCACAUGUAAACAGCCAUACCUUUUUAACCACUGAGCAGUUAAUAGCCCCCUUCACCCUGCCAGGUCAGACAUUGAUAUUCCCUCCAGAUAACCACGAAAAAUUCAGAGACCUCCCAUCUGAGGCAUAUCAGCAGAUCAUGCCACAAAACAUGCUGGCCAGCAAAGUGAAGUUCACCCUCCCUUCCCCGGGGGCCAUCCAGCCCCCAAGUUCCCCUCUGCAGCCCUUACCCUUGCAGCCGCCGCUGUCUUCUACCUCCAUUACCACCAUCCAUCACACUGUCCUACAGCAGCACGCUGCUGCCAGUACCUUGAAGGUUCUCCAGCCCCACCAGCAGUUCCUCUCCCAGGUCCCAGCUCUUUCCAGAGCACCUUUACCUCAUCUACCAGUAGGACCAAGGCUGUGUCCAGGGGGCCACGCAGCGUUCAUCACCCCACCACAUCUGCCACUGCUGCCACCCUCAGUGCUGCAACCCACCCAGCUGGCAUUUGCCCCGCUGCCACAUUCUGUCUUCCCAUCCCUGCUGUCCCCCCACCCAGCUGUCAUCCCCCUGCAGCCCCUCUUUUAA